AAAAAUAAUUUUUCUUCAACAUUCUCUUGAUCUUCUUUUGACGAAAAAAUGACACUUUAUUUGAUUGAAUCGUUUAGACCUUAUGGCUUAUAACUUAUUUGAAACAAAAUAUGAAAACAUACAGCAAGUCAUUGAUGAAAGUAUAAUUUAUACGGCAUUUAUAGUUGAAACAAUCAAUAAAAACGGACAUACGGAAUAUGUAUUGCAAGUACGAAAAAUUAAUGAUUCAACUGAACCUUGGAGUAUAUUGAAGAGAUAUAAUGAUUUUGUCAAAUUACACAAGUCGCUUGCAAGUUCAAAACAAUGUCCAGAAUUGCCAAGGAAAAAGUUUAUUGGUAAUAUGCACCCGUCGUUUAUAGCUCAAAGGCGUUUAGAGUUACAGGAAUAUUUAAAAACAAUACUAAUGAAUCCGAUUUUGGCAAGUAGUUUAACUACAAAAAAAUUUAUUGAUCCCGAACAGUAUAUGCAGCCUUUCUGCGAUUUGGCUCUACAAAAUGCAUCAAUGUGCUUACGAAGUGACGGUCAAUGGACUGUUGGGCAAAGUUUGGGACCGAUUGGAUGGCGCGUGCGUAAACAUUAUUUCAAAGUAACACAAAAGCCAUCGAAUGCAAAACACUCGCCCGGCCACUCAACACAAACAAAACAUCUGCUGACCAAGUCUGGUUCUCAAUCGUAUAACAAAACUCAUGGUACAGCAUCACCAUCUUCUUCAUUUGACAAGGACGUCAAGGAUAAUCCACAUUAUGAAUUUCUUCUUGGUUGGACGGAAUACGGUCCGGAUAAAUAUAUGGAUGAUAAGGAACUUCCUAGUCUACUUAAAGCUAUCGUAUCAAUUCAACAUCCUUACAUAUACCCCAUAGAAUACAUCGCAGCCAAUGAAGUAGGCGCCUUGGUGAUUCGGCGUUUCAAUAAGGUGGGUACUUUAAAGGAUUUAUUGUGCGGCUGUUUGCCAAUUAACCCGUUCCUAACAAAGUACGGCAGUCCAAAGGGUCGAAGUCCAUUACCCUUGAAGGAUCUUGCUACUUACGGCAGACAAAUUAUAGAAGCAUUGCGAUAUCUGCAUGCGAAAGGAAUACCCCACGGUCACGUUCAUGCUGGAAACGUUAUUGUGCAAGAUGGAAAUGCACGUUUGCUAGAAAUUGAGAAUUUUCUAUUAGGUGUACCAUCAUUUUAUCGCCCAUUUUUUAUACAACACUGCAGAAUAAAUACUUUGGAGGCCCUAGAUGUUUAUGCAUUUGGUCAUUUGAUUCAUGAAAUGGCAUUAGGAUAUCCACUGCAAGAAUCUUAUGCACGACAAAUUACCGACUGCCCAGAUAGUUUGAGAAGUUUAUUAGAGUCAAUUUUAUUACGAGAUGCAUUAAAAGGCAAUCUGCCGACUCUAGACCAAUUAGUUAAUCAUAAGUUUUUCAAAGAGUAUGCGCCAAAAUUUGACAGCUUAAAUGAAGAAACUAUGAACACAACUAAGCCACAAUUCAAAAUGACUCAAUCGAUAAAAGAGUGCUUAAGACUUCAUGGACAGAAAUGCGAAACACGUUUAAGAGAUGAACAAAGGUCGGUAAAAAAUCAAAAACGGUUAGUCCGAGUACAAGAGCUAAUGACUUCGGAAGAAAAAGAAAAAAAGGCCAAAGCUAAAAAGCAAGAACAAAAACAAGCUAAACUUCGAUCUCAAAACUCAUUGCAACUACAAAAUGGACCACCAGCUGUAACACCAGUAAUGAUUAAGUCAGACAGUGUAAGCAGCAUUUCAUCAAAUACGCAACACAAACAACCUCUGACUAUUUUAACUCCACCACCGAUUCCUACAUCAAGUCGCCAUGACUUUGGUUUAGCAUCAUCAAGUACCGAACCUGAAUCUGCAAAGAUUUCACCACUUGAAUAUAAUGAUUUUAUCAAAAAUCGAUCAGCCCUAUUAGAAUCGAUUUGUAAUUUUAAGCGAGGUGAAUUGCGUAAAGUAAAUUCCAAUUAGGAUUCCAGGAUGAUAUUUUAUAGGACUUCGAAGCAAGUUUAAUUGAUUUUUGAAUUUGUAUUUUAACACAUGAACAUGAUCAAAGAUCAAACCUCUCCUUCUACAGCUUAAUUUAGAGUGUUAAGAGUAUAUAAUUAUCAUGCAAUAAAAGCUUCAAAUUAAGCUUCCAUGUCAACGAAUCAUAAUUCAAGUCGAAAUCUAUAUACUCAAGACCUUCAACAACUUAUAGUUUUUGAGGUUUCAAAUGAUCUGUCUUAAAAUAUAAUUAUAAAAAAUGAAACAAAAGCAUGAAUUGAAGGACCAAAUAAGGUUACGCAAUAAUAUAAAUAUGACAAACUUAAAAGAAAAGAAAUUGAAUGAUUGUAACAAAUUUCUACAAAAAUGACAACUAUAACAGAAUUAUUAAGAGAGUAAGCAAAUAAAAGUUUUAUACAGAAAAAAGAAUAUUUUCAAUCACAAUUUUAUAAGUGUAGCUCUGAAUAUAAAACAAAAUACAAAAAACUCGCUUCAAUCUUAAUUUUAAAUAAAAUCUUCUUUAGGCCGUUGCAAAUAAAACUCAAAAAUAAUUUCCGGUACACAAAAUGA